CAGGAGCCUGGCCGCCUGGGGCAGCCCGGAGUCGAGGAGCCGCGAUGAGCAGCGAGCGGGACCCCCAGUGCCCGGCGGACGGAGAUAUUGGUCAACAAGAGAUGGUUCCAACUAAGAAGAGCACUGUUCUCGUGGAUGGGGUGAUACUGAAUGGUCCCACAACAGAUGCAAAAGCAGGGGAAAAAUUUGUUGAAGAGGCCUGUAGGCUAAUAAUGGAAGAGGUGGUUCUGAAGGCUACAGAUGUCAAUGAGAAGGUCUGUGAAUGGCAGCCCCCCGAACAGCUGAAACAGCUUCUCGAUUUGGAGAUGAGGGACACAGGAGAGCCACCCCACAGGCUCUUGGAACUCUGCCGGGAUGUCAUACGCUACAGUGUCAAAACUAAUCAUCGAAGAUUUUUCAACCAGUUGUAUGCUGGACUUGAUUAUUACUCCUUAGUGGCCCGAUUUAUGACAGAAGCAUUAAAUCCAAGUGUUUAUACAUAUGAGGUGUCCCCAGUGUUUCUGUUAGUGGAAGAAGCGGUUCUGAAGAAAAUGAUUGAAUUUAUUGGCUGGAAAGAAGGGGAUGGAAUAUUUAACCCAGGUGGUUCAGUGUCCAAUAUGUAUGCCAUGAAUUUAGCUAGAUACAAAUAUUGUCCUGAUAUUAAAGAAAAGGGGCUGUCUGGGUUGCCAAGAUUAAUCCUUUUCACAUCUGCAGAGUGUCACUACUCCAUGAAGAAGGCAGCCUCCUUUCUUGGGAUUGGUACAGAGAAUAUUUGCUUUGUGGAGACAGAUGGAAGAGGUAAAAUGAUACCUGAGGAACUGGAGAAGCAAAUCUCGCAAGCCAGGAAAGAGGGAACAGCACCGUUUCUCGUCUGUGCUACUUCAGGCACGACUGUGUUGGGCGCGUUUGAUCCCCUGGAUGAAAUAGCGGAUGUCUGCGAGAGGCACGGCCUCUGGCUUCACGUGGAUGCUUCUUGGGGAGGCUCGGCUUUGAUGUCACGGAGGCACCGCAGGCUUCUGCAAGGCAUCCACAGAGCUGAUUCUGUGGCCUGGAACCCCCACAAGAUGCUGAUGGCGGGGAUUCAGUGCUGCGCUCUGCUCGUGAAAGACAGAUCUGAUCUUCUUAGGAAAUGCUUCUCUGCCAAAGCAUCUUACCUCUUCCAGCAGGAUAAAUUCUAUGAUGUCAGCUACGACACAGGAGACAAGUCUAUCCAGUGUAGCAGGAGACCAGAUGCGUUCAAGUUCUGGAUGAGUUGGAAGGCCCUGGGCACAUCAGGCCUUGAAGAAAGAGUUAAUCGUGCUCUUGCUUUAUCUAGGUACCUUGUAGAAGAAAUCAAGAAAAGAGAAGGAUUCAAAUUACUGAUGGAACCUGAAUAUGCCAAUAUUUGCUUUUGGUACAUUCCACCGAGCCUUAGGGAGAUGGAAGAAGGACCUGAGUUCUGGGCAAAACUUAAUUUGGUGGCCCCAGCCAUUAAGGAGAGGAUGAUGAAGAAGGGAAGCCUGAUGCUGGGCUAUCAGCCCCACCGGGGGAAGGUCAACUUCUUCCGCCAGGUGGUGAUCAGCCCUCAAGUGAGCCGGGAAGACAUGGACUUCCUCCUGGACGAGAUAGACCUACUGGGUAGAGACAUGUAGCUGUGGCUUUUGGUCCCCCAGGGGCACAGGUUCUGCGCUGGGAAAGGUUACAGAUCCAGGGCGUCUGGGGACACAAAGGCAAUUACAACCUUCUGAUGAGAAAUAGAAAACACGCCCCAUCCAGGCCCAGCCAAACCAAGAUGCUGAACGAAUAGUGUUAAUGACUCUAGCUGCCUGGGCACCACUGUUUCUAUAAAAGAGGAAGUGAACACGGAUUUUCUCAAGGAUGGUCACCAGGACAAGGAGUUGUAGAGAGUUUAGUUAGUACCAUGUGGUGCCUGGAAUCUAAGCUUUCACUGCUCUUUAAAGAACAUACAAAUUAAUAGUUUAAAGCAGAGGUUCUCAAAGUGAGGCCCCUAGACUAGCAGCAUGAGCAUCACCUGAGAACUUGUUUAAAAUGUGGAUUCUUAGCCCCGCCUCAUACCUACUGAAUCAGAAACUCUGGCAGUGGGGCCCAGUCUUCUUGCUGCAUUUUAAGGAACCUGCUGCGUGACUCUGAGACAAGGUAAGAUCUGGGAGCCAGCGGUUCGGUGAAACUGUAACGACUGACUAGUCACUCUGAUGUUUUGCCAGCAAAGGGGUAGCUAAUAUUUCAGUGGUCCCUGAGCCAGUCUGAAAACACAGCCUGUGGCAGUGGUAGCGCAAAUGUUUAGGUGCAUCAGAAGUACAUCAAAGCUAUUUUUUGAAAGAGAAGCUAUCUAAGAUAUUAACUUUAUAAAGAUGUAUCUUUUACGCAGACUGAAUGUUUAUUCUCAAACGUUGAAAUUCACCAUUAUCUAUACUAGAUUAUUUAGAGAUAAGAAUACAAGACAAACAC